GGAAUUCUGGGAGGGGCUUCAUAGUGACCUCAUACUUCAUAUAUUGUAAGUCUGAACCGGCAUUACCUAAAAAUUCAGCCUUUAAUCUAACCGCAGUGCAACAUCACAUCUCUUCAGCAUCUGUCAAUCUGACCUCUGUAUUCUUCACGGGUCCGACGCACGACGUAGAGCUUUAAGGAUGAAGAUUGAAAAUGGCCUGCCUUGCUCUCAGCUCCCUGAGGCCCCUCCUCAGACCGGCCUGCAGUUUACAGUGGCAACAGAAGAGGACUUUGAUGACAUCAUGGCCAUGAGCAAGGAUAUCUAUGGUGGCCUGGACUAUCUGCCCUCCCGCUAUCAAGCGUGGCUGCAAGAGAGCAACCGCACUGUCAUUUUGGCUCGCAAGCAAGGCAAAGUGAUUGCGCUGGAGUCAGUGUGUGUUAUUGAUGAUGGCGAGACCAUGCUGGUGGAAGGGCUUCGCGUUGCCCCACAGGAGAGGGGGAAAGGUGUGGCAGGGGUACUUCUUCGGUUUUGCUCUCAAUUGGUUAAGUCCAGAUACCCUGACGUUAAAGUCAGCAGAUUGACAAGAGAUGACCAACUGGGACCAAAAGACUUCCAGAAAUACCGGCUCAUCACCAAACAGGGAAUCCUCCUGGUGCGCUUCCAUGCUGAAGACCUAAAAUUACGCCUUGCUGAUCUUGGGCCUAAUAUCACUAUAGCAGGGGAGGGUCUGUCCACCACAAACAUCCCAAUCCGUUUGGAGCCAGCAGAGGUGCACCAGCUCUUCUUAAGCGAUGUUCUAAUGCAGGGUGUCCUUCCCAAUGCCACCAUCGUUCAAGAUUGGCAGCCCUUCAAGCCUCUGUCUAGCAACAUGGACAUCCUGCUGAAGAAGGACAUUGAUUGGAUGGUUGAUGAUGCCAGACGCCCAACCAUGGCCAGCUUGUGCACCUUCCCGUUCCGUGUGCCAAUCGGUGAUGACUGGUACUACCUCAACAUCGACAUGUUUGGUAAAGACCUGACGCUGGCCAUCCAACAGCUGUUGUGCCACCUGAGGUGCCACACUGGCAGUCUGAAGGGUUACGUCAUGUGCCAGGUGUUCCUGGAGCCCGCGCUGUGGAAGCCGAUGGCCGAUUUCUUUAGGGAGACCCUUAAAGUGGAGUUGGUGAAAGAGUACACAGAGCAGUGUGUUGUGGAGUCUGAUGUCGUUUAGUCAAGGAGCCUCAGAAACACCUUCCCUUAAAAAUUAGAUACCAAACUUACAAAAUAAGAGGGAACGUCUCCUUCAAAUAUGGCACCUAAAAUAUCUACUUUAAAGGGACAAAAAAAACAAAACAAACUUCAGUUCUAUUCCGCUUAAUGAAAACACGCUCAUAGGAUUUAAUUUAUUUUAACAGCAAUUAAUUAAUUAAAAUAAAAUGCAUGUAAGUGAACAAACUAGAAUAAAUGUGGUAGAUGCUUGUUUAGGUUACUUAAUUUAUUUCCAUAUGCAGUACUGUAAACAGUGGCGCUGACAGGACAGGGACUGGAAAAGAAGGAGCAGUUCCAGAUUAUAUAUAAGUAGGGACCCAAAUUGUUCCAGGCCCUUUCAUUUCUGUUGGCAUCGCUGACAGUGAAAGCAUAUUUACUCAUGCUGAGUUGAAAAGAAAACUGCACAAUCUUUAGGGCACUUUAUGAUACAAAAAAGAAAAUGGGAUCUCACUUUAGAGUCUGUUGCUUUUUCAGAAUGUGGCACUGUAGCUGCUAGAGUAUUUAGAGGGAAAAAAACACAACAACAACAACGUUUCUUUUUUAAAAGGGAGUUUAUGACAGGCUACCCAUAUGCAAAUCGAAAUGGUCUUUAGAGGCAGUUUUAAUUAACCUGAAAUGACUAACAUUACCACGUUGGAAAAAUGUAAUCUCAGACUGAUAUGGUCCUCGAAAAAAUUGUCUUUAAUAAUAUUUCCUCUAAAAGUACUUUGCAGUGCUUUAAACUCGGUAUCAAAUUAUAAAUAUCUGGCUAAGAACGUUUAGAUUACAGUCUCAAGUUUUUGCUUUAAGUACUUGAAUCUAAAAUUAUGCUCUAUCAGUAUUUGUACCUAACUGUAGAUUCAAAGUGCAAUUUCAAUAAUACACUGGAAGGAAUAUUGCUAGAAAUACAUUCAGGUAGAUAUGAUUAAUAACUAAUAAUGAAAGAGACGUACAAUUGUUUUUUUUUAUUAUUCAUAUUUUAUUUCUAAAAUAAAUGUAAACUGACUGGAUCACAUUUAAAUAAAAAAAAUGCAGAAAAUAUAACUAGGGAUAUAUACCGUAUAUAUACAUAAAUGUUUGUAUAAAUGUUCUUUCUAAAAUAGUUCAUUUAGUUAUAAUUAAUUGGAGACAUCGCUAUGUAGUGAUUUUAUUACAUUAUACAUAUGAUUCAGAAGAAACGUGAUCUUAAGGAAAUUCUCCAAAUUCAGUGCUCCAAUGAACAGAAGAAAAAAACAACCUCUGAAAAUCUUCGUCGGACUCAGGUGAUUCACCCAUGGAAUCAGGAAAACAAAACCUCAUAUUCUGGACAAUUGGAAACCUGAGCAAGACAAGUGACAGUCGCUCAUCUCUAUGAAGAGUUUAAUUUUUUUUUGACAGACAUACACAAUUUAUCCGAUGGAAAAGAAUGGAUGAAAUCACCAGUGCUCCUUUUUAAUAAUGCAGAAGAUAAGGAUCCAUCAUCUCCUUCUUGUCUUGGAAGAAAGUGAAGUGAAAUAUUUCCAACACAGAUAAAGAAAAACAGAAAAAAAAAGCCUUCAGACAUCCUCAGAACCAUAUUUAGUUCCUUUGCCCCAAACCCAGACUGGAGCAUGCUUUUUCCCUGAAGCACUGUGCAAGAAUGAGAGACACACAGCCCGCACUAGAAAAUGCAUCACUGUUUGUUUCUCGAACAGCUAAUUUUCUGGUACUAAUUGGAAGGUUAAAUGAAACAAAAGUUCUAUUAAUUUAUAUCUUAAUAUAUAUAUAAAAAUAUAAUAUAACUUACAGUUUUAAGUCCUCACAGAGUCCACUCCCAGUUUUUCAGACAGAUCUGAAGCUCAACCUGUAUCCACUAAACUAAAACCCUGAAUUUCUUUACUCUUAUUACUAAUAAUGUGUCUGGCUUGACUUGACUUGGUGGACUUAUUUUGUAUCCUUGUAUGAACUCUCAACAUCCACUGACGAAAAGGAGGCCUCCACUCCUCCAUUUGGACAGCUGCAUGUGGGACUUGUGUUGCGGUCAGUAUACAGGCAGCCUUUUUAGUUAUGAAAGUUACGGCAUUUUGAAGAUUAUUAACUGUAAUUCAAAUGAAAGUUUAUUGCAUUUGUAUAGGUGUACAUAUAUAUACAUUUCUAUGUUUGUUUGGGGGUGAUUUGAAAGGGAAUCUUUGUUCAAAUUCUUUCAUGGCUGAAAUCUUGAAAUCCUUCAUGUCUGCUACGUGCUUUCGGAGAAAAUGGUCAAACUCAGUUUCAAAAUAUGUAGUUGAGAAGCACAAGGUACAUUAAUGCUUCGGUUUCCCAUGGAAAUUACAUUUGCUGAACUCAAAACAGUGUAUAUUGGCCUUUAAAAAGCUACAAAUGAUGUUAGAGUCAAGCAUCCUUGAUAUGCUAUUUUUAACUGGCCGUUUUCUCCUCUCCAAAGCACUCGUCAUAUUUAGACAUGAUGGAUUAGAGACCCAAAAUGUUUGUGUUUUCUGUUGUACAUAGUGCAGUGCAUUUAGAUUUAAUUGUUAUGUAUUAUGUCAGUUUACCUUAGCGGUAGAGGGUUCGGUCACUAGCCUCUAUAUUUAGCUGUUACUUUCUUUUGUCACUUUUAUCUGCGAGGCAUUUGGUAAUCCAGUAAUCACUUAAGAAUAUUUCUCUCUUUUGUUGUUGUUUUUAUAUUUCUGCUCCAUUUUGUUUCUUUCGGCACUUUUAUUGUCUAAUUGCCUUUCCAAGUAUUUGUGAAUUGUGCAGGAGCUUGUAACUCUAUAUUUUACACAGGUCCUGGUGUCAGGGCCGUGAGACUAUAAAAGGUUAGAGGCAUGUGACCACCUGAUGGCGAAGAGAUGUAAAGGAUACGUUGCCCCUUGUUUCGCUGGCACGCGGGGAGUGAACUUUAAACCCAUUUCUUUCAAUUAUAAAGUGGCUUUUCACUUUCUUUUUCUGGAAUGGAAAAAUAAGACAGGUUGCAGAGGGAGAUGAGGGAUGAAGCCGGGGCUAUGCUAGGAAUAGGUGGCGAGGAGAUGACAUGUGAUCCAGAUCAUGUUACCGCUCUAAAAAUGAGUAAACAUUCAUUUUGUAUUGUGCAGAUGGCCAACGACGAGGGAGGGACACAUUCUAGGAAAGAGAGGCGAUCAGGCCUUGCGUUCGUAAUUAGCGGCAACUGACUAUUUAGGAUAGACCGCCCCGACCAGGAUAGCUGGUAUUUCCCAAGCUCUGCUUUGUUAGACUCAGCACUAAAGUAAUACCUCGAAGGCUAAGACAUACGAAAGCAAAUCUAUACACAGGCACUUGUUAUCCCGUAUGACUGUGGGCCAGUUAGAGUUUCAGGGCUCGUCUCCGAGUAACCGGAUACCGAAAGUGUCAUCUUGCGUAGAACAAGGGUUCGCCCCAAGACUCCCUUUACCUUCCACCUGAUCCCCGUCAGCUCGACACAUGGAAAUAGUGAGCAGGAGAGGUUAAAAUAAGAAGGCUCGAGGCUUCCAGCCUCGUCAUACGAAUGCACUGUCCUUUGCCACGCUGCUCAGUACCUAUGUUUGUUGUUUAUUUCACAACGGCGUCUUUUGUUUUUCAUUUUCCUGACUGCUUUGUAAUGUUUCUGAAGGGCUUUACGUGUAUUAGAAUCAGCUGUGUAUUGUAUGUUUUGUGAACGAAAGCGAGAGGAAAACCACCAGGGAGAUUUUGUUUCUAUUCCAAGUCACUAUUCAAAACUGAAAACUUAACUGAAAGCCUUAUCCAGGUGAUCUCAGUUGAAUUGCUGAUUUGCACUAUCAAGAGCUUCAACUCUGCUUCUCCCUUUGUUGUUUUCCAUAGAAAAAAAACAUAUACUGUGUCUAUACACAGAUGCUUCUGAAAUGGCUAAAUCACACAGGUAUUUUCACCUGUGGUGCACUAAGCUAUUUUGUUACAUUUAAUCUACAAAUCUCAUGCAGUAUUUGGAGGUAAAAUGCAACUAGAUCCCAAUGCAAAUUGUAUUUUAUCUCACGCCAUGUCAGAAUCGUCCAACUCCGAUUGGAUUGACCAUUCAUCUAGCUGUUCUGAUGUGCUGCACUUUAUACUGUAGAUAUGUAGAUAUUCCAAAGCACAGUGGGGAUCUUCAUAAAACAUCAGUGUGAGUUGCUGUAACAGUCAUGGUCAUUCAGUGGAUCACACUAUAUUUUUUGUAAUCGAGGAGCGUAGGCCUAUCUGCAUACCGUUUUUAAAUUCAAGGAUAUUUUUAUUAGUGUGCUCCUCCUCACUUGAUAGGCUAUCUUUAGAAGUAAUAAAGCUCCUACUUAAUGACCAUGGUCUGAAUAAACCACACUGUACCUGUCUGAAACCGCUGAUGGACAUAUUUACCACUAUCGGCAAAACAGGGACCAUGAUUUCUACAGACCUCAAGAAGGUGGUGGUUUGAAUGUCCAUGUCAUCCAUUCUCUUGAUGCAGCAGUGGCUGUUGAGUUUGUUUUCACGCAAGUCUUCCCAUUAGCCCUAGAUACAAACUGGGUGUCAUGUUUUGUGUGUUUGUGCAAUUGGAAUAUACAUACGAUGGGAAACUAAUGCUUACGGAUGAGAUAUCUCAAAAGAAAAAGAAAAAAGAACUCAUGGCCAACUGUCAAUCAAGAGGGUGAAUACAGUUUUAAUGCCAUAAAGGCAUUUUGAUUAUAAUAAUUGUUUUCCUUUUUUUAAAGAUUUUUUUAUCACCCAUUAUGACUGCUUAUUCUCAAGCAGUGAUGUGACAACUAAUGGAAAAGUAUUUUAGUAUUUUGUUACCUGUCUUGUUUCUUUUUUUCAGAGAUUGUGAGAGAUGCAGAACUAUUUUAAAUACAGUAAUUUUUUAAAAACCUUAUAAUCCAUGAGAGGUUUUUGAAAUGUGCAUGUUGUGUGAGUGGGUGGGGAUGGGCUUUACAAUGAGCAUGUGACUAGAUUUACACUGAGCACAACGACCCUGUACUAAUAAAAUGACAUUUAGAAAAUGUCAAAUUGGAAUCGAUGACGACGGACAAAUUAAUGAUGGAAGUUUAGACAGGGUAUUUAAAAAUGGUAAGGGUAAACCUGUUUUUCUUUUCUUUUUUUUUUCUUUUCUUUUCUUUUCUUUUCUUUUCUUUUCUUUUCUUUUUUUUAGCCAUGAUAUAAAUUUUUACAAAUGAUAGCUUAUACUUCGGUAAUUGUAUAAAAGAAUUUAAAAAUCUGAUCACUGAUCAUUUUUUUAUGCGCUUUUUUGCUUGUGGUAUUUUAUUGUAAUUGUGUGCAUCUCUAUAUACCUAUUUCUUUGUACACUUAACAAAUAACUUAGCUUGAAUAUUUUAAUAUACAAUAUUUAGAAAUAUUUAGAAACUGUCACUUCUUAAAAUCAACAUCAUUAAAUUAAAUAAUCAUUAAAGCAGAGGUCAUAAUGUGUGACCUGUCUAAUAUAUAUAUAUAUAUAUAUUUUUUUUUUUAUUAUUUUUAUUUUUUUGUUUUGUUGCUAUUUUAUGUUAUUUUUCUUUUUCUUUUCUUUUUCUUUUUUUUUCUUUUCUUUUUUUUUUUUUAAUGACAAAGAUUUACAGGUCUAGACCAAUGUUAAAUCAAGUACUAAUCCUGGCUGGUACACUUGUUACGAAAUUAUUUGCAAAAUUAAUUUAAUUCCCUAUUCUUUUAAUUGAAUUCAUUUAACUUACAUCCCAUAUUCUUUUAAUUGAAUUCAUUUAAUUAUAACAAGAGUUUAAAUUUGCCUUUGCUAAAUGUUAAAUGUACCAACGAACGUUAGUAGGAAAUUGUAAAUGGAUGGAUGAUCCAGAGUGAUCAUCCAGGAUGAUCCAUAAGCAGAUUAAAGUGUGACUAUAGGCAGAUGGUAUGAAGUAACUUUACAUGAAGUAACGGAUAUGCCAAUGGCCAUGAAACUAGUCAAUGUGCUCUAUCAUAUAUUGUUACAUUAAAUGACAAUGAAAUGUGUAUGUUUAUUAUGUAUAGGACACAUUUACUGCACGUAAGUUUUUGUUGACCUCUAACAUUGAACAGUAUGUAAAUUUAUGUAAAAAUCUAGAUAACCUCUAAGGUCCGAGCUUUGUCUCUGCUGUCAAGUGUGAUGAGUAAUCCUAUUUACAAUAUCCCAAAGAUCACAUGUUGAAUGCAGUAGAAAUCCAGAUGAACCCCAUGAAAACACAACUGUCAUGUUUCCAUAUUCUGCCAUUUAAAAAAAAAGCCCCAAACCGUAACAUCAAUACAGUCUUUGACAAGAACCCAAAUGUUGAAAUUCUGUAUAUUUUCCAUUGAAAUCCUAUAUAUUGGAAUUUUUGGAGCUCAGUUUUUAUGACUGCAAUAUGUGAUUGAAAACAAACAGUGACACUGCAGUCUUUCUGAGUCUCUUGGUUAAUGUCACCCUUUUGUUGUGUUCUUGUAUUACUUUACCUUGUACAUAAUCAUUUAACAUUUU